AUGGAUGAGUUCGGACCAAUAUCCUUAUGCUGGCAACUGCUGCCAGUAAGAAUUCCAGCCAUUCUCCACGCAGCCUUGGUGAUAUUCCCAGCGAUUCUCCUGUGUUUUUCCUUCAAAGCAAUCAGCAGCUUCUUGUGGGAUUUUGAGCAAGUGCCUCAAACCACGGAGAAGAAGAAGAAUGAGUCAGAACCCGUCUUCGGAGCCGAUGACGAUGAAUCUGAGCGCCUUUUAGAGCUGGUGUUGCAAGGUCCUUCGACUUUUGAUUUGGCCCUACACUUGCUGCAAUCAUCCGAGCAUCGAAAUGUUGCCGAAGUAGCCCUUUGGAACUACUCCAGCCACACUACCGUGAAAAUCAUGGAAACACCAGCUGUAGUACAAAUCUUUCAAGCGCUGGCUCGCCUCCCCAACUUGCAAAAGGUGUCCAUCUCGUUCAAUUCUCCCUUUCCUGUGGCAGCUCUGACAGCCUUUUGGAGGGAACGAAAGCGACAACAGCAACGGUUCUACUACGUGCGAUCUUGGCUCUUUCCGUUGCUUCGACCAGGAAACUGUAGUAUUAAUAGUACAGGACUGCGUCAGCUGAAGCUUUAUGUGGUGGAGUUGGCAGGGAGUGAUCCAGAGUUGCAAGAAUGCUGUCACGAAAUAAAAUGCAGCAGUAACUCCUUGGAACAGUUGGAAAUUCGCUGUGAUCCGUCUCCCACAAAUGGCAUGAACCACCGAAACAGUUUUCAGCAACGAGCAGAUGCAGCAGUUGAUGAAGAGGCAACACGCGAAUGGAUAGAGCAACGCAAUCAUCGACUACAACAAAAUGAACACGCGUUGUCACUCGUCCUUCUGGCACUACAACACCAUCCUACCUUGCAAGAAAUAUCCUUGGCAGCGUCACUUCCAAGCAGCAACAACAAGAAGGGCCAUGGCCCGGUAGUCGACAGUUUGAUUCAAAUGGUGCAGCAGAAUCGACAACUCCAAAAGCUCAAACUGCACCUACAACAAAGACGACAGCUCCAGACGGACAACGACGGCCUCGAGGUGGGACCACUUCGACCAACUAUAGCGACAGAUUGCAACACGUGGUACUUUAAUCCACUUGUGGAAGCAUUGUCCCAACCAUCGCUCAAUGCAACAUCACAGUUGCAGUCCCUUCAUGUGACUACCAACCUAGAGCAUCUGCAGCACGUUCCCACCAAUACCGGUAGAUCGGGGGUUAUCGAAGAAACAUUGUACUCUUUAAAGCAGUCUGGAGCGAUAAAUUCAACUGCGCCGUGGAAAAAGAUGCUUCGAAACAACUACAAUCUAUGUCGCUUGGUGAUUGGACCGUGGGGUAACUAUGAUGAUGAUGAUGACAGUUUCCAUUCAUCGGACGGCUAUGAGAACGACAGCGUUUUGAUGGAUGAUCUGAUUGAGGACGUGGACGGCGUAGGUGUUCCAGCAUCGCCUGGUGGUGAGGCAAAGAGUCAAACAACCCCUCUCUGCUGCUUGGAAUUCUACCUGGGGUUGAACCGUCAAGGGCGCAAACGGCUACUCUGUGAUUCCACAACAACCCAAGAGGAUUGGAUACGAGCGGUUGCUCAGCCACGAAAGGGCGUCAACAACCGCACGAAGAGAUAUGGGCUCAGCAAUGCCUUUUACUGGCUUUCCUUGAAUCCAUCACUCAUCGUCACGGCGUCAAAAGCACGGUAG